CGUGCAUGGAAACUAUCGCCCAUCAAUUCUGAGAAGACCUUACAAUCUCCAUGAUUUUCUCCAGCAACUUUCCGGUAAGAUCCAACCAGUUGUUCCUGGCUUCGGUUUUUCCGGCGCACGCCGCCUCCCCUCCAAAUGCUACUUUUCUCAAUCUUCGCCCACCGGCUUCAUCCUUCCCAAUUUCUCCGCCGUUGUUGUCGCCGCGUGUCCCUUCUCUCUCCACCGCUAGGAGCUUCGCUGCCCGAGCUUUUUUCGAUCUCAAAGGCGGCAAAGGGUACUUUACUUGCGGUAUUAUUAAUUUGUUUUUGGUUAAUGAUCACCAUGGGAGAGGUCUUAUUUCGAAAGGUCGUCAUGAACUACUCAAUAGUAUUGGUGUCAGUUGUGAUGGAGUUGCCCGUACCGGUGAUUCAUUAGCACUGUCAGAGUUGUCGCUCAAAUUUCUUGGACCUUUAAGGAGUGGAGACAAAUUUGUUGUUAAGGUGAGGAUCUCCGACUCCUCUGGUGCUCGCCUGUACUUUGAGCAUUUCAUCUUUAAGCUUCCAAAUGAAGAGCCUAUUCUGGAGGCAAAGGCCACAGCUGUAUGGCUCGACAAAAACUAUCGUCCUGCUCGUAUACCUCCAGAGUUCAGAUCAAAAUUUGUUCAAUUCCUUCGCCAUGAGGAAUCCCAUUGAAUCGUUGCUGAACUUCAGAGAUCCCUUCGUUAGGUCUGUGAAUGAAGAAUAUGGUUCUUGAUCGGAAACCAAUCCGAGUUGGUAUUUCUUAAACAACUUUAGUUAAAAAAUUUAGUCUGUCAUUGCAGAAUCAUAGCAACAAAGGAC